AUAAAAGAAUACAGCCUUCUGAGGUAAAAUAAAUACUAUAUUCCUUCUUCCCUCUCCUUCUCCCCCCGGUCAGAAUAUACAGUACGAAAAUGCGCAUAACAAUAUUCCUCCUAGCGGUAUUCGCUGCGGGAACGACCCUCGCACAAGUUCAAGUGGACACGGAAUCCUACACCAACACCUCCCGGCUCGAGCGUGACGUAUUAACUGCUCAUAACCGCUGGAGGGCAGAACACGGCUCCGCACCACUCAGCUGGAACAAUUCUUUAGAGGACUUUGCAAGAGACUACACGAAAAAAUGCGUCUUCGAGCACUCCGUAGCCCCCCACCUCCCCACCCCAUUCCUCUUCUCUCCUCCUACCUUAACUGUAAUACUGACAGCCACUAGGGCGCCGCGUAUGGCGAAAACCUAGCAGCGGGAUACCUUAACGCCACAGCUGCGGUGGAUGCCUGGGGCAACGAGCGUGAGAUUUAUGACUUCUCCCGGGCACAGUUUUCGGAGGAGACUGGUCACUUCACGCAGAUGGUUUGGAACGCGACGAGGUCUGUUGGUUGUGCUGCCGUCGAGUGCGAGGGUUUACUCGUCAAUGGGCAGGAUAGUUGGUACCUCACUUGCGAAUACUGGCCGCCGGGAAACGUACAAGGUGCGUUUGCGCAGAAUGUUCGGGAGCAAGGGAGGAGUGUGGAGCCUGAGGGAGAGAGUGACAAUAGUGGGGAGGAGAGCAGCGCUGGGAGGAGGUUGGCAGUUGAUUGGAGGGCGGGAUUGGUUGGGGUGGGGAUGGGUGGCGUGUCGGUACUUUUUGGGUGCUUUUAGAAACCUGGGUGUAAAAUGAUGAUUGACUUUAAUGAUGUCGGUACUGGUGAUGUCUAG